GGUUUAAGGUUUGUAUAAUUCUGGAAGUGUCAAGCAAUUUCGUAUUCACGUAUUGUUUUUGUAUUGUUUGUUUAACUUCGCAAUCGCAGUAGCGCUCUUGAAUUAUUGUGUGGAAGCUUAAAAUCACUACGCAAACGAGGAUACUGAUACAAAAUGGAUGUUCAUUACUACCCCCAGUAUCAAUAUAAUCCGUCAGAAGAAUUGGCCAAACAAAUGUUUGCCCAACAAGCCCUGGCCUCGUCAUCUACCUAUAACCGUGAAACAUCAGAACCACAUCUUAUGCCAGUGCCUACAGGGACUCCAUGGAAUGUUCAAAGUCUUCCCUGGAGCUUGCAUUCUCCACCUAAUCUAGUGCAAUUCACAGCUCAAACCCAUGAACAACCCAAAGCCAGUCCAGUGUUACAUUGUAAGAGAAAGAGUUUAGAUAUGGAACCAGCCAUACCAGCUAAGCAGUUCAUAACAGAGGAGAAAAUGGCAGCACACUUAAAUGGUCUUCACAUAUCGUCAAACUAUACACAACACUCCCUGGCCUCUGAGGAUGUUAUGGAAUUGAGUGUGGAGCCAAACGUAAUGAGUAUCAGUGAGAAAUUGAAAGGUCAUACCAUCGUACUGUCGGAAGAUGUGAAGAAAGUACAAGAGGAACCUAUUUUACCCCAAGUACUAAUGGAAAGAUUACAAAAACCUCAGAUGUCACUAGUAGUAUGGAAGCCCAGAGAAGAGGUACUAAAGAACAUUGUAGAAGAGAAGGAACCCCAAGAAGAAGAAACACACAAAAAGAGGAACGGUGUCCUGGUCACAGAAAAUUCCAGAAUAGACAUGGAAAUGUGAUUUUCUUACAUAUUGUGUAGUUUAAAGUAUUGAUAUUUAUAUCAGUUAGGUUGUGAAGAUGAUGGGUGUAUUUAUCUAAUAGCAUUUUUUUAAACUUCUAUGAAGAAAUUAUAUAUCCGACAACUUGUAGAGGAGCAGCAUGGUGAAUUAAGAGCUCCAACCCUACUUCCAAACAGUGUAUGAAAGCAUAUACUCAGCAGUGGGUAUAAGCUUGUAAGAAAAUAUUGAAUUCUUACAUUUAAAUUGAAGUCAAAAGUCAUGUUUGAGUACUGAAAACCUAUAUUCAUAUGCCCUAGUACUUUUUAUGUAACAUAAUUAUUUAAAGUCACACCUGUCCUCUUUACAAUCUUUCUCUGCCGGGUUUACAUUAAGCAGCUGAUUGCAUUACUACAAAGUAACACAAAAUAUUGCUUGAAAACUAAUUGUUAACAUGAUAUUUCCAUCUUCGUUAACUAAAGAACUUUGCCUUCAACUUCAGGCAAUGGAGGACAUCACAAUGGCUGCCAUAUUUUUGACUUAACAAAAAAAUGACAAUUCGGAAGCUAACAUCAGCUUUGGAAGAAGAAAUUUCUAGAAAUAGUGUAAGUUAGCUGAGUGUAAAUUCGGAUUUACAAUAUUUAUAAAGACUUACAUAGGACUAUACGCUCUUUAGUAUAUUUAAGAAAGAUAUUGGCUUUUAUUCAUAAAAUACGUUAAAUGGAUAUUUACUGUUUUAGACUUUUCCCUCAACACUUUCAGUUACCCCCAAACAAAUUAUUAUAUGCUCGUGUUUUACUGUCAUAAACAAAUUUAAGAACUAAACUAAACAAAUGCAUUUAAAUGUCAACUUUCUCCAGACCUCUUGCAAUAUCUCAUCAGUAAACAAAGACCUGCCACAUACGUGUGAAUGUAUUUAAUGUAUACCCCUAAUAUGACUUCAGUGUUCAACUAUUCAUGGUGUGUUUUGUAUAAAGAAUACGAUAUUUACAUUUUUUUUUCUGUUAGUCAUAAUAAAUAUAAAUCAAUUCUAACAAAUCCGAACAGGAAUGAUCGUAAUCGUGGUCAAAAAAACUAAUAUAAAGUCAAUAAAGAUUGAAAUUUUAAAUAAUUCUCUAUAUUCUGAAAAAUUUUAAUUUUUGUAAGCAUUUUUUUGUUUAAUUUUUCUCAUAAUUACCGUGUAGCUUUUAGGUUUUAUUAUUAAAAUAAUUGUAUUUGUCAUUGAUUUUUUUUUGUCAUAAAUGUUGUUGAUAUUAAUUUUAAUGUUAUAUUCGAAAAAUGUAUGUAGAAGUGUUUCAAGUACGAUAGAUUGAUGUAAGAAAAAAGAAGAAAGGAUUAAAUAAAUACUUGAUUAAUA